UACCUCGAAAGAAGUCGUUUAUCAUGAGUCUCAAGGCAAAGUUAGUGGUUGCAUUCGCAGUGGUUCUUUCGAUUUCCACGGUACUGGCUUUUGAAUGCAGCAACUGUAUUAGUGAAAUAAGUUUUCGUGAUUGCCAUAACAGCCCAAUUUUAAACGGAACCUGCAAUUCAGCUCAGGCACUAGUAUCCCAUAAUCGGAUCAAGGAAUAUUAUCCCAACAUAGCGAACGCUACAAAUUCAACAGCUGUCCAAUGUCUGAAACUGGAAGUUUUCAAUAACAUCUACAAUAUAACCACCUACGCGUCCGGAUGUUUCUGGACAACGGUCAACUACUGCGCUGGAUGGCCAGCACAGUACACAGUGAAAAACUGCAGAUCAUGCGCUCUGGGAGAUCCCGACUCCCCAGUUUGUGCAUCACAAACUUCGCCAACUCCGGGUGGCAGCUCUACAACUCCGAUUCCAAGCAGUUCUUCGACUGUCAAACCAGGAGGCAGCAGCUCUACAGCUAAUCCGGGCAGCAGUUCCACGAUUAAACCGGGGUCCUCGACGGCUAAACCGGGAUCCUCAACUGCUAAACCCGGAAGCGGAAGUCCGAGUGGAGCUAGUCUGUCUUCUUGGGUCCUGCUACUGGGAGCGUUUGCAGUUGUAAAAAGAUUGUUUGCUUAAUUGUUCAGUAGAUUAAAUUUUUGUCAUAUAAACAUGCCGUUAUAUUUUUCUUAAAUGUC